UAUAACAAGCAACGGAAAUAAGCUUUAAUUGCUCAUAACGAUUUAAAAGCAUUUGUUAAUUUGUGUCUCAUCAAUAAGCAAUCGUAUCAAAUUUGCUGGCAAAAUAUGGGAAAGUACCGAUAGAUAAUUAGUACUGUUUUAACUAAUAGGUAUAUUGUUGAGAAGCAAUUUGCAUUUGGGAUGAAGGGAAGAUACUCUGACAACUGUUGAAAAAUAAACAAUAUGAAUUUCAUCAGUUCAACACUGAUAUGUAUUGUUCUCAUUGGCCAAAGCAGCAGUGCUGUCGGUAAUUUAUUCCUUUGCAAUGAUAAACAUCUCAUCAACAUAAAAUUGGAGUGUCCAGGUGAUAACAAAAUCGACAUUAUCGACGCCUGGGACAUACUUUCGACACACAAAUAUAAUUGCGAAAACAACGCGACUUUUUCGGAAACGCGAUACGGCUUAUCGAAUGAAGUGAUGCAUAAAAUUCUAAUGAAAUGUUUUUAUCAGAGAAAAUGCAUGGUCAAACAUUUCCGUGAUGAACAUGGGCCAAAUAAACAUCGUGGUAUUGGAAUCGAAUACGCAUGUAUUCCAGAUAAGAAGUUUAUAAAUUUAUGUCAUGGUACUCCGAAAAUACCGCUCACAGAUGUUUACCUUAUCAACCAAAUUUAUGAACGAAAUGAACACAGCAGAUGUCACUGUGAUCUUUCAUAUCAUGGACGUUUUGUUGUGACUGUGACACAUUUUCCAACAGAAUGGAUGCAUCUGAAAGUAAAAACUUGGAAUAUGACUUGUCCCCACGAAAAGGUAUACAAAGAUCAAGUGUACAAACAUGAGACGGUUUAUAUAAAUACAGAUACUCCUAGGCAGCAAUAUACUGUAAUAAACAAUGCAGUGAACCGAAAAAAAGACGAACUCGCAUUUCUUCUAGUGAAUAUAUCAGCAACAGACGAAGAAAGCAACUUUACUUUACAAUGUUAUGGACCCGCUGCCGGUCCAGGGCAUCACUCAACAAAGAAACAGCCGACUUCAACUGUGGAGACACCAUCUGCGGCUAGAUAUGCAGCUGUUUCUUCAUUUAUAACGGCUGUAUGUCUGCUUGGAAUUUGUGCAUCUACAUUUCUUAUUUACCGCCGAUUUGUGACGAAAAAAGAAAUUGAUUCAAGUCGCAACAACGCGAGCAUGAGGUCUCUUGGUGCGGUCAGUACAGUCGAAAGAAACUUACAUGCGUCAGUCUAUGUAGACUGUGGUGGAAGAUUAAGUCAUUCCUAUGCAGAAAUUGGGAGUCUUUCAGACUAUCGUCAUUACGUUAUGCCAGAUGAGACAUCUCAACAGAGCUUAAAAGUCAAAAGUCGAUAUAAGACAUUGGUAGAAGAAUGUUACUCGGGAGAUUCCCAAAACAAUGAUGGAGAAACUUCAAAUGGAUGUUAUUCUAAAUCAAAGGAUUAGUCAGAAGAUUCAGGGUGGAAAGAAUAAUGACAAAAACUGCUCAGAUAACCACAGAGGUUCAAUACCCGUUUCUGGCGCAAUGCAAGACCUGUCGGUUGACAACACCACACGUAUAUUUCUUGAAGUGAAAACUAAGCCAAGACCUUGUUUAAGCCCAACAAAAGAAGCAGCUGACAGCAGAAAUAAGGAUAAUAAUAUCAGUUUUCCAGCAAUGUUCAUGGAGAAAAGUAACAAAGAAAGCGUGGACUAUUCGAUUAAAAUGAUUCCGAAUGAACACUAUGAUCCUUCAGGUUAUUUAGAUUUAGACGUCCCUGAAAAAACCAGCAAUGCUAAUUUGAUGAACUGGAAAAUGGAAGUAUAUUCCGUCGAACAAAUAGCAAAAGCAAAACGAUCAGACCCUUUGAAAAAGUCUGAAAAUUUAAAUGAGGUUGGAAAAAGAGGAGUAACAAUCGUGCAAAAAGGUGUACAUGGUACAUCGCCUGAGCAGUACGACUAUACUCACAACCGUGAAAUCUUGUUUUCGGAAGAUGGACCUGCGCAUACACGUGCAGAUUCAUACGAAUAUUGUGCUCCAAAUGAAGACGUCCGCAAUCUUGUUUAUAAGCAAUAACGUCGUGGUAGUGAAUAUUGUGAGAAAACAGGUCAAAACAUGCUGAAAGCUGUUCGCGUUUAAAAAUGUACUGACAAUGAGCAACGUCAACAUUACAUAACGCGUUUAUGCAGCGGUUAGGUAGAUUGACAACUUUUUAAAUAGGUUUAUAAAUUUUGUAAAUGCUCAAAUACUCAAAGUUAUCAGCUGUCAGGCACUUGUCAUCAAAUAUUUAAGUCGCUCGAUUAAAAUACAUACAGUUGUUAUUUUGGAGAUAUUCCUGAAGCAAGAUACCAUGUUGGUACACUUUUGGCGAAUUUGAAUGAAUAGUGAAGGCAAAUGAUUAAAAUCUAUAAUGAUGUAAAUGCUUUCUUUUUAAACGCUAACGAAAAACUGAUACAAUCUGAUAAAUGCUGGCUCAGUGUAUGGUCUUUUAUUAUUUUUAGUGUAUAUGUAACCAUCUUUUCAGAACUAUGUAUGUCACUAAUGAAGGUAGAAAUAGUUCUGAAUUCAUCUUUAAACUUUCUUUGAUUAUGUAAUUAUCAUUAUUCUAAUUGGUAUGAUUUUGCAAGCGUGCAAUUUUAAAGCAUCACAGUGAUUAUGUUAUUUCAGAUAAGUACCACGAAACUGUUAUUACUUAAGCCAAUACACACAUACAACAAAAGACGCUAAAGACAGUCAAUCGUUCUUGAUUAUUUUUUUCGGAUCUUGUACUACUGUGUAACAUUUUUUCUUAUUUUAUAACAUUCAAUUGUUUUCGUAUAUCUUUUCUGGCAUUGGUAAUGCGACUAUUGUUAUUAAAAUAUUACUUAAAACACA